UUUUCCCAUUUCCUCAUUUGCUUAAUUGACUCCUCUCUCUUUUCCUGGACAUUCGUGCUUCUCCGAUCAUUUGCACACCACACAUUAUUCUUUUCUCCAUUAUUAAAAAAAAAAGUCUUAUUUGAAGUCUUAUUUUUUCCUUCUACUUUAUAUACCACACAAACCAAAAAAAAAAAAAACACAAAAACUGAAUAUUGUUCUUCUUCUUUGGCCAUUGGAUCCGAAGCAUCGAAUCAUUACAAGCCAAAAAUUUUACAAAUACAAAAAAAAAAAAAAGUUCUCUGUUGCAUCCAUAAGAAACGUUUUCGUAAAGAGGUGGUUGUUGUUGGGUUGAACUUGAACUUCUGUAGCAUCAUCAAAUACAUACAUAUGAUAACUCGGCGGCGGAUUUAAGCAACUUGUUUCGGAUUUAUGUGUGACAAAUUUGGGGAAUAUUAGUGAAAGGUAGGAGCUUCAGAUCGAGUUUUGAACUGCAUGUUCGCGGCUUCACACGACUUUUUAAUCCAUGGGGGAGUGGGUCAUUGGAGCCUUCAUCAACCUAUUUGGUAGCAUUGCCAUAAACUUUGGAACAAACCUUCUUAAAUUAGGUCAUAAUGAGAGAGAAAGGUAUUCACUAGAAAGUGAUGGAGCAAACGGAAAGCUGCCUUUGAAGCCUAUUAUACAUUUCCAAACCUGGAGAGUUGGGAUUGUAUUUUUCCUUCUUGGAAAUUGCCUUAAUUUCAUUUCCUUUGGAUAUGCGGCUCAGUCUCUUCUAGCAGCCCUGGGAUCUAUACAGUUUGUUUCCAAUAUUGCGUUUGCUUACUUCGUCCUGAACAAAAUGGUGACUGUCAAGGUACUGGUUGCCACGGCCUUUAUUGUCCUUGGAAACGUUUUUCUCGUCGCUUUUGGCAACCACCAGUCACCUGUUUUUACACCAGAGCAGUUGGCAGAGAAGUAUAGCAACAUUACAUUCCUUUUUUACUGUCUGAUUUUGAUCUUAGUUGUUGCCUUACAUCACUCUAUCUACCGGAGAGGAGAACAUAUGCUUGCUGUUCCUGGACAAGACCUUAGACCGUAUUGGCAUAUGGCACUUCCUUUUUCAUAUGCUGUAGUUUCAGGUGCUGUAGGAUCAUGCUCAGUGUUGUUUGCAAAAUCCCUCUCUAACCUUUUACGACUGGCCAUGUAUAAUGGUUAUGAGUUGCACAGCUGGUUCACGUAUUCCAUGCUUCUUUUAUUUCUUAGUACAGCUGGAUUUUGGAUGACAAGGUUAAAUGAAGGAUUGGCACUAUUUGAUGCAAUUCUUAUAGUACCUAUGUUUCAGAUUGCUUGGACUUUCUUCUCCAUUUGUACAGGAUUUAUUUACUUUCAAGAAUAUCAGGUUUUUGAUGCGCUAAGGACGACAAUGUUCAUACUAGGAAUGAUGUGUGUCUUCAUAGGAAUUUGUUUGUUGGCACCUGAUGACACGAAAGGUGGUGAGGUCAAAGAUAAUUCAUCUUUAGUUUCUGUGGUUUCUUCGAGCCUUUCAACAGAAGAGGAUAGGUUGGUUGAACCAUCUGGAGAUGCACACAGUACUAAAGAUGCGAGAUCAUUUAUGCAAGGAGUGGUAAUGAAGAUUAUGGAUGUAAUAGCCAAGGCAAAGACUGCUUGUGCAUUAUCACUAGGUUCUGGGGAGGAUUCAAUCAAUGCAUCUGCAAUUCUUGUGAUGCCCAUGGUGUCUUCAAAGAUAACGGGCUUUAGAGGAAGUGGGUUUGACCGGGCUAAGAUUUUCUCAUUGAGAAAUGCUGGUUGGAGUAAGAUAUCGAUGGAUGAAGAUGGUGCGAAAAUGCUAGACGCAAGCCCAGCGUUCCCUGAUAACCUUUAAUAGGAGUAGUAACGAAGUAUAAUAUGUCUGCCAGGAUUUUUUUUUUCCCCUUCUUUGUAAAGGUACAAUUGUUUAGGAUUCAUUAUUUUACCACUUUCUCGAUAAUUCUUCUAGUCUUGAGAGUGUGAUUUCCUACAGUAUUGUAUAUACAUGCACACUUAAAAUUGAGAGAACAGAAAAUAUUUCUUGUUAGGCUUUGUAUUGAAAAAGAUUGUAGAAUGACAGACUUACUGUAUGAUUAAAAGAUGAUCCCUAUGGGAGCACAGGAUUUGGGCUGAA